GGAAAGUUUGGAGUGCAGGCAUUUCCUUACCAAUAAAGUUGUUACUCAUUUAUUAAAUGAUCAUCAGAUGGCAGUGAUAAUGGCGAUAUUAGUUAAGAACUAUCUACAUAGAUAAUUUACUUUGUGUUUCCUGUUUCAGUGGAUUUUAAUUUUGUAUGAUUGUAGUGUACAGUAUUCCAAGUUGUGAUUAAUUGGUUGUAAUAUUCUGUAAUGGGACUGAAGCUACUGUAUAAGUUUUCUUAUUAAUGUGUUGUAUAUGUAAUGGAUGAAAUAAGUUAAAUAUUCACUAUGGAUUUAAAAACAGCGUGCCUGACUAUAUUUAUUUCACUUCUGUUAACAAGUUUUUCAACUGCGUUUGAGUUUGAUAUUCCGCCGGCAUUUGGAGAUUUAACAGGCUAUUAUGGGACCCCUUACGAUAUACCAGAAGUACCAGCACCAGUUGCAGCCAAGACUACUCCUAAACACCUACCGCCCUUGAAUAUGUGGGCGGCAAAGAAUCCUAUUGUUUGGUACGACAACUCAACGCUAGCGAAUGGUAGCGAAGUCUCACUGGUGACGGAUGAGGCAUUCAACAUCACAUGCUAUAGUGACCUACCAGUAGAGUGGGUCAUUAUACAGGGGGAAGAUAGCUCGGGUCCCAAGUUUGAGCUUAGUUACCACAGCAACGUUAUAGUAACACCUCGAUACAAGGAGAAUGGUUAUCCGUUUGGCGCUAAUCUGUUUGUCGAACCGAUCAAGUGGGACAUUACGGGAGAGUUUGUAUGCAGGGUCGUUGCCAGUCAGAAUUUCAACACUUCCUUGUACCUCUAUGUUGAAGAUGCAAGUCACCCGUUUGUGUACCGGCACUACAUGAACAUACCGUACUACCCAAAUUACCUCAGCCUUAUCUUCGGACAUCGGGGCAUUAUCCCAUGUAAAACAGGCUAUGCCAACCUUUCUGUGGAGUUGUACAAGGUGUCACAUCCUAGUAAACAGAUGUUUCCGACAGACGGUGUGGUUUUUUACCCACACAGGGGUUUUGUCAUAGAAAAUGUGACAAGUUCUAAUGAUGGGAUCUACACAUGUAACACCACUGUGGGAAAUGACACAAAAGCCAUGACCUUUACUGUUGUUAUAGAGAUACCUCCGGAGACUCCACCAAUGCCGUAUUUUGAGCCGAAAGAGGAGAGAUAUAUACGCCUUGUUGGACAGGAAUUCACCCUUGACUGCCAUGUUCUCAUACCCUCGACAAACAUUCUUGCCAUGAAGUGGUCAUACUUUACAAAUGAGAGACAGGACAUAAUGCUUGAAAAUCAAAAGCCUUCUCCACGAAUUUCCAUCUCCAAGCCGACGCAGGAAGUAAUACCAGGAGGACAUUCUCGUUGGAGCUCCCGUCUCCAAGUUCGUCAGCUUGACUUAAACGACGAUGGAUUCUACAAGUGUAUAGCUUGGAUGAGUGAUCGCUCCAGCGGAUCUGUGGAAACAUAUGUUCAUGUUUAUGAAAAAGCAUUUCUGAACCUCACUACUUCAAAUUUAAAGAUCCGAGUUGAAGAGCAUAGAAAUGAGUCUGUAAACUUUGAAAUCAGUUACCAUGCAAUUCAAGAGCCAGACUAUUACUGGAUGAAAGGGAAUGUGAACGUGACCAAACAAAUGACAAAGAUUCUAACUGGAAAACUAGAAGAAAGGGAUGUGUUUUACCUGAAGAUAAACUAUCCUCGCCGUGAAGAUGCGGGCAUAUACACAUUUGUUGCAAGACAAGAUGUUGCUAGGGCAACCAUUGACGUUGAACUCAUAGUUGAUUAUAUACCGACAGUGGACAUUGUCAGCAACAACACUAAUGAGUUUUAUCUGUUGGACAUGGAACAUGCGCUCAAAUGCGUUGCUGAGUCUGUUCCCCCACCCAACACCAUAGAAUGGUACUGGAUGACAUGUACCUCACCAACCAACUGCUCCAUGACAUACAAUAACUUGGAAAUGGUCACUAUGCGAGACAGAGCUGCCGUAUCCUACCCGCAGAUUCGGGAAAACCGGACAGCCAACAAGUUAAUCAGUACACUUCUCGUGAAGGAAAAGAGAGCUGGAUUUUUCCGAUGCGUUACGAGGAACAGGAUAGGCACCAAUGAUUCCCAUCUGUUUUAUGUUGCUACAGACGUGGGAAAUGGAUUCCAGUAUUACAGCAGUGCCAAACGAAUGAGCCCAAUUGCUGGUGACGCUGUUAGGCUUACGUUUGAAGCCAGCCUGUGGAAGUACAUUAACUUUACAUUAACAAACUCCACUAUCGAAAAUGGGACAUACAUCUUUGGAGAGUGGGACAAAAAUAGGACUCGGUUCAGAUACGAGCCAAGGGACAACAUGUCGAUGACCAUGCAUGUGGACAUUGAUCCCUUCCUGAAGUAUGACGAGACGGUGUUUGUUGUGAAUGGGACCACCCCGUCUGGGAGAAAUGUUGGCCCAAUUGGCACCCUGGAACAUCAUGUCAGAGACGUGAUGCCGCCAAUGUUCCUGGUUGAGACCUUGUCGGUCACCCACCUGUCCAAGAACACGUACCUGUUCGAUUGUGAUGUUGAGGGCCUGCCCGCUCCCACCAUUAAGUGGUUCAAGGACUUUGAGAAAAUCUCUGCCACUAACAUCUCAGCUAGCAUGGAACUUCUCAAUCGCAAUCAGAGACUGAAGAUUAAUGCAACUAACUCCAGCUUCAAUGGUGUGUAUACAUGUGUGGCCACCAAUAGGGGAGGCCAGAUUGACAGGAACUACACAUAUGAGUACCAGGUCAAGACCCCAGCCCCUCCUGCCCUUGCUGGAUGGAGACUAGGUGCAAUAAUCGCGGGAAUCAUUGUGGCCCUUGCGCUUCUAGUUGCUGUAUUAAUUGUCUGCUGUAUCCAGCGCAGAAGAUCCCUCGAACUGCACAAGGAAUUAGAACAGUACCUUAUUCAACCAAAGGGUGACUACAACCCAGAUAUUCCUCUUGAUGAACAGACCUCAUGUAUACCGUAUGAUGCUAAGUGGGAAUUCCCGAAAGAGAGGCUUAGAUUAGGUAUGAUACUGGGUCAGGGAGCAUUUGGCCGGGUGGUGAAGGCAGAGGCUAUUGGUAUUGUGGACCAUGUUGACGUUCUCAGUGUUGCUGUGAAGAUGGUUAAAGACUGCACAGACAGAGACCAGAUAAUGACCCUGCUGUCGGAACUCAAGAUCCUUAUCCAUAUUGGCCAACACGUGAAUAUACUUAACCUCCUGGGGGCUGUCACAAAAAACAUUGCCAGAGGUGAGCUGUAUGUAAUAGUGGAGUACUGCCAUUUUGGAAAUCUGCGCAACUACGUUCUCAAACACAAAGACGAAUUCAAGGACACAAUGGAUGACGAUUACCUCGAUCCGAUCACCCGGAAAAUGAAAGAAGCAGGUGAUACAGGCCCACCGGACGAAGAAGCCCCGAAACCCACGGGCAACAAGCCCUAUUACAUGAACAAAGCAAAUCCAGACCACACCGGAGUACUUAUUGGCCCCCCACUAACAAAGAAGAAUAUGAUGUCAUGGUCUUUCCAAGUUGCAAGGGGCAUGGAGUAUCUCGCUUCUAAAAAGUACAUUCAUCGUGACUUGGCGGCCCGUAACAUUCUACUAGCAGAGGACAAUGUAGUGAAGAUCUGUGACUUUGGGCUGUCAAAGGACUGUUACAAGUAUGCCAAUGAAGAGUACAGGAAAAAGGGCGAUGGCAAAGUUCCAGUGAAGUGGAUGGCCAUAGAGUCGCUCACACACAGGGUUUACACCACUAAGAGCGACGUUUGGUCAUAUGGUGUGUUCCUGUGGGAGGUGUUUUCCCUGAGCGGUAACCCGUACCCUGGUAUUGACCUUGAUGACAAGUUUAUCACGCUUUUGAAAGAUGGAUACCGCAUGGAGCGGCCAGAACAAGCCACAGAUGAAAUGUACAAGGUGAUGUUAGCAUGUUGGGUGACGGACCCGGAAAAUCGGCCCUCGUUCAACCAGCUAGUCAGCAUCAUGGGAGAUUUCCUGGAAGAUAAUGUCAAACAGUAUUACCUUGACCUUGGAGGUGGAGCCGAUGAGGAUGAGCUGGAAGGUGCAACAGGCGAGACUCCCGGAUACCUCUCCAUGAACUCCAUGGCAAUAGAAGAACCCACAGACUACACGAAGAUGUUACCUGCCCCACCACCCCCUCUUGACAUUGAUGAUUCCAGUGAAAAACUCAUUGUGGAUUUAAAUUCGAAAAAGAUGUCAGAUGCUGAGGAGCGAUAUGUUAACUUUGACCUGACAAAAAAGAAUGCUGUCAGUGGGAGGAUGAAGAAUAAGAGAAAUGACUUUGAGGUUCAGCCUCUGAUACAUAAUGUUGAUGAGACUCAAAUAAGAGAUAUGCCAGGACGGCAAAGACAAAAGAAUGGCUCACCAAACAGACUGAGCAAUGGAAACACAAGGGAUGUUCAAUCAAAUGAUGACAGUGAUAGUGGUCAUGAGAGUUUUGCGCCUGGCAGCUCACCGGAAAAAUGCGAUGAUAAUGACGGUUAUCUCUCACCAAAGAGCAUGAAUAUGCAGGAUAUACCUUUGUUAGAAAUAAAUGGUAUUGGAUCAAAGACGAGCACACAAAAGGGGGCUACAAAUGGCAAAGUUAAUGGUCUGUCAAACAGUAAAUUUAGAUACAAUGAUUUGCAACCCCCGGAUUAUAGGGCUGUGAUGGAAGCUACAGAAUCAAAUGUCUGAUUUGUUGUGUAACAUGUCUUUGAUUAGUAAAUUGAAAUGCUUGAUCUCUGCAAAAAAUGACCUAUGUGAAAGGUCCUAAGUUCAGCAAGGGCUGUAGAUAUGCAUUUAGCAAUUCUGAGCCUCGAUAAAUUUACAUACAUGUACAUGUAUUAUUUGUCAAGUAGGAUUUGAAAGUGCUGAAAGUUGGCUGGUUUUGGUGAAAAGCCACACAUAGAAUUGUUUGUGCUACAGUAGUAGAAGUGCUGUAACAGCUGAACAUGCAUUUAUUGAACUAAAAGCUUUCAUGCUACAAUAUAUCUACUGUCAGUAUUUAGAAAAGGUGUUAGAUGAAACUGAAGAAAGACUGCUUUUGAUUUAAAGUUAAACUAUAGAACAACAUAUGCAUACUCACGAUAAAGAUUAACCUGGAGAAUCUAAUUAAAUAUCAUCACUGUGCUCUCUCAUAUUUUACUGUAUAGCAAUUAACGUGUAAAGGAGACAUGGUUAAUUGUAUCUUAUUAGAUGAACUACAGCUGGUCUGAUUCUGUUAAAGCCAUUUUGACCGAGUCCCCCUCAAGUCAGUUAACGUGUGCCAUUUCAUUUGUUUUUAAGAUCAUUCCCUUUAGUGCUUAUUAUAAUUUUUGAUAUUUUUUUUUCUGUUAAAUUACUGAAGAUGACAUAACAGUAAAUGUCACAUAAAGAGUUGUAUUUGCUCUUUCAAUAUCACAUACAAAGGCGUAUUGUGGUUUACCUUGGUAAAUGUCACAUAUAGAGGUGUAUUACGGGUUAGCUUGGUAAAUGUCACAUAUAGAGGCAUACUGGGGGGUUGGCUUGGUAAAUGUCAUAUAUAGAGGUGUGCUGGGGUUUAGGUUUGGUAAAUGUCACAUAUAGAGGUUUACUUAGUCAUAGCUUGGUAAAUGUCAAAUAUAGUGGAAGUUGUACACCAGUAAAGAAAUCAACAGCCUCAGCCCCCAAGAAAACUCAUGUACACUCCGAAUUAACGUCAUCUUUGGCAAAAAAAUAUUUUGACACACUAUAUUGCUAGCAUGUUAAAGAAAAUUAGUCGUAUUUGCAAUUUGCCCAAGAAAACCUGAGGGCAUACUCCCACAGUACUUUGGAAAAUUGUGUGCAGGUCCGGGACAAUAUUGCAUACUUGAAGCUAAACCAGUGCCACAUUCUUGUUAAAUGUUUGUCAAUCUAAUUUGUUAUGUCAACAACAUUAUUUCUGUCUUUGUUUUUGCUGUAAUAUUAAACUGCAUACUGUAAAACAGCUGGUAUUUUCACCAUGAUUAUCCUGAUUCAUCAGCAACGUAAUUGCCAUGCAGACUUUCAUUUUAAUGGCUACUAAAUGUCCAACAAAGAGAACUAGUGUUCAGAAAGACUUGAGGUUUACAAUUUUGUACAAGUGUGUGUUACAUGGGUUUUAUUAUUUACAAUAAGGAAACACUUGUUGGUUAUCUCAUGAAACUAUGUUAUUACCACAGUUGGCCUGUAGGGUAACUUGGCUCAUUUUCUACUCGCAACAAAUAAAUGUAAGGUUAACAAAAUUCAUACUUUUAAAUACAGCUUGUCCUUUUUCCAGGCGUCAUAGCCUCUGCAUCAUUGUUGUUGUCCUCUGGUAUCAAUGUUGUCACCCUCUGGCAUCAUUUUUGUCGCCCUCCAGCUUCAUUGUUGUCACUCUCUGGUAUCAAUGUUGUCACCCUCUGGCAUCAUUUUUGUCGCCCUCCAGCUUCAUUGUUGUCGCCCUCUGGCAUCAUUGUUGUCGCCCUCCAGCUUCAUUGUUGUCGCCCUCCAGCUUCAUUGUUGUCACCCUCUGGCAUCAUUGUUGUCGCUCUCUGGUAUCAAUGUUGUCACCCUCUGGCAUCAUUGUUGUCGCCCUCCAGCUUCAUUGUUGUCGCCCUCCAGCUUCAUUGUUGUCACCCUCUGGCAUCAUUGUUGUCGCUCUCUGGUAUCAAUGUUGUCACCCUCUGGCAUCAUUGUUGUCGCCCUCUGGUAUCAAUGUUGUCACCCACUGGUACUAUUACUAUUGUCACCCUCUGACGGCAUUGUUGUCGCCCUCUGACAUCAUUGUUGAUGCCCUUCUGUUCAUUAUUGUCGCCCUCUGGCAUCAUUUUCAUCGCCCUCUGGCAUCAUUAUUGUCGCCCUCUGACAUCAUUGUUGUCACCCUAUGGCAUCAUUGUUGUCACCCUCUGGCAUCAUUGUCGUCGCCCACUGGCAUCGUUAUUGUCGCCCUCUGGCAUCAUUAUUGUCACCCUCUGGCAUCAUUAUUGUCGCCCUCUGGCAUCAUUGUUGUCGCCCUCUGGCAUCAUUAUUGUCGCCCUCUGGCAUCAUUAUUGUCGCCCUCUGGCAUCAUUAUUGUCACCCUCUGGCAUCAUUAUUGUCGCCCUCUGGCAUCAUUAUUGUCACCCUCUGACAUCAUUAUUGUCGCCCUCUGGCAUCAUUAUUGUCGCCCUCUGGCAUCAUUAUUGUCGCCUUCUGGCAUCAUUAUUGUCACCCUCUGACAUCAUUAUUGUCGCCCUCUGGCAUCAUUAUUGUCGCCCUCUGGCAUCAUUAUUGUCGCCUUCUGGCAUCAUUAUUGUCACCCUCUGACAUCAUUAUUGUCGCCCUCUGGCAUCAUUAUUGUCGCCCUCUGGCAUCAUUAUUGUUGCCCUCUGGCAUCAUUAUUGUCACCCCGUGGCAUCAUUGUUAUCACCCUCUGACAUCAUUGUUGUCGCCCUCUGGCAUCAUUGUUGUCACCCUCUUGACAUCAUUGUUGUCACUCUCUGGCAUCAUUGUUGUCACCCCGUGGCAUCAUUGUUGUCACCCUCUGACAUCAUUGUUGUCGCCCUCUGGCAUCAUUGUUGACACCCUCUUGACAUCAUUGUUAUCACCCUAUGGCAUCAUUGUUGUCACCCUCUGGCAUCAUUGUUGUCACCCCGUGGCAUCAUUGUUGUCACCCUCUGGCAUCAUUGUUGUCACCCUCCAGUUUUCAUUGUUGUCCCUCUGGCAUCAUUUUUGUUCUUCUGGCAUCAGUGUUAUCGCCCUCUGGCAUCAUUGUUGUCCAUAUGGCAUCAUUGUUGUCGACCUCUGGCAUCAUCAUUGUCACCCUCUGCAUGCCAGUUUGGCCAUAACUAUAAUAUUUAAAUGAAACAGAAGCACAUGUUGCCAAAGACAUUAUGCACAUGUGUUGCAAGGCCUGUAACUUAAAUUCAAAUCAGUGUUGAGUUAUUCUCCCUUUUCAACUGAAAAACAAGUUUAACAUUAGCUCUGCAGCACCCUCAUCUGUUUUUAUCUGGCAGUUUGAGGAAAUAUCACCGACUAGCAGUAAGAUAAAUGUAAAGACAAUCAUAGAAAACAAUUGAGCUAAGUCUUUCCAAAAGCGGGGAUUAUUAUAAGAAAAGUUUAAACCCUCACAUAAUAUAAGUUUAUUCCAUAUGAUGAUAAAGCGCAACCAAACUGCUAAAUUUGUGUAUUUUGGGUUGUAUAAAUACACUAAAUACAGUAUUUAUGUACAUAUUUCAGCAUGUAAAUAUUGUCAUUUGUAUGUAAGUUAUGGAAAAAGUUACGGUUAUGCAUGUUACCUUGUUAAUAAAACACUAUUAAAUUUGUAUUUAUUUUCUGGUAUGUUGUCAGUAUUUUGUAUUUGAUUGUUAUUCACUUUUUGAUUGUUAUUAUCUGUUCAGCUUAUACCAUAUAUCUGACGGCAAUACUCAUACAUGGUCAGCACAUUGUUGAUGAUAUUGAUUAUGAUGUCUUUUCAUUCUUUACUUUUGUCUGAAAUAACAUGUACUACUCAAUUGCAAAAAUACACAUUUAAAUUGUUCAAAUUAUCUGACUCUUUGUUUAAGCAGUCUUUAAAGAAUGCAUCAAUGAUUUUUUUUCAUGAUCCCUACCUUUUAAUCUUAGAAAGUACAAAAUGGACAGAAAUCAAAAGUUGUUGAACGUCUAUCUGCUGUGGCAAGAACCUCAUUCUUAUUUCUACACAAUAUAUUAAAUGAUCUUGAAAGAAGUUCUGUCGAGAGAAAGGUCAAAGUCACACAUUAUGAACUAGGGAGAAAUUUCUAGUACAAUCUUACUUAGUGCAAUUUAAUUUUGUAGUGAACAUUAUUACAUUUAUUGUAAAAACAUCGUGCCAAAGGGUCCAAGUCCUAUAGACUUAAAGGACCUUCAAUGUGCCUUUAUAUGUUAUUUUUAUGCUUAACCUGUUUCUUAACUGCCAGUGGUAUACACCUGCAUUUUUCAAGUAAUUGUCUGCUUGAAUCUGCUUGUUGAGUGUCACAAAUCUCUAUCUAGCAAUAAUGCAUGCCUUAUAUUUUGCAUAAUUUGAUAAGCAUAUAUUUUAUAGCUGUUGAUGUAUUGAUCUAUAUUUUUACUAAAUUUUGUUACUGGUACCCUUUGCAUCAUUUUGCACUGCACAGUUUCAUCUGGAUAUUACAGCAUGAAAUUUCAUUUCAAUAAAUCCGGAAAUGGGUCGCCUUUUUAGAUAUUUUGUUGCAAAAUCUGCCUAAAACUUAAUCUGCAAGAAGCCUUUACUGGAAACAUUGCUGGACUACAUUUAAUUGUUGUAGAUUUAAAUCAUGAUGAUGUCAAGUCAGAGAUAGAACAUCCUAUUCAGAGGAUUUCAUAUGUAGCUACCCACCAAAUAAAUAAUGAUCUAAAUGCUAAAUAAUUUUGUUUGUACUUACUUUGAAACAAAUGUUUAAUGUGCUUUUGUAGCUUACAGUAUUAUUUUUCAUACUUGAUGUAUGUACCUAUUGUCCCUCGCGUCAAAUAUGUGUAAGUUUAACACCAUUUCGACUGCUCAUGAUGUCAGAAAGCUCCUUUGUAAUACUGUUAAGUAAAUCUCUUCGAUAUGAAGAUAUAACUGUUUUAUUUGUCUUGCCAAACUUUACUGUGGUAGUGACUUGAAAACCAAAGAUAAAGAUGAGUUGGACUACAAUAGUCCCUUUUCGUGGAUACCAAAGUACCCAGUAUAAAUAGCAUACCAGUCUAAAACAUGUGUUGUUAGUGUGGAAAGCAAUCAAGUGCUUGUUUGUUGUAUAUAAAGUUAUGAAGACAUUGUUUGGAUGAUUUUUUUAUAUAAACAUUUACUGUUCAUCUUCUACUUUUGUACAAGUGGUACAUGCUAUUUAAACUUCAGUGCAUUACAUACUAAGAUGCCAUACUAUUUUAUUAGUUGUUACUAUACAUUUUAUAGUUAGAGAAUCUGUGUAUAUCAUUGACCAAUGUCAUUUUAAUAAAUAUUGAUAACGUUU